AUGCCUGUUACCAACACUUCUCUCACUAUCACCAACUGGUUUUCUGAAACGGUAGAAACAGUAGCUGCAAGGUGUAAGCAACUUUGCAUUGGCGGUUCUGUAGUUGGCCUCUUCAUGAAGGCUAUGGAGAGAGUUCUUUUUGCUUUGUUUACUUGCAUUCUGGCAGUAGGAGGGUCAAUAGUAGGAACAAUUGCUGGAGGCAUAAAAGGGCAGACCACAGAAUCUGGUUUUCUUGAUGGGGCUGGCAAGGGAGCAAUCACAGGAGCCAUUGCAGCACUGGAAUUGUUAAAUUUUGAUGCUGAUGAUGAGCCAGUGUCCAAGUUUGCCCUGUUGAGAAGUGUAUUAAAUGGGAAAGUCUUUAUGGAAUGGAUAUGUCCAGCUGUGGCACAACUCUAUCAGUUGCAUGUAACUAUUAACACGCUGGAAACAAUUUACCAAGAAGUAUCAGACAUUUAUGAUAUCACAGGAGUAAGAGGAGUACCCCAGAAUGUAAUUAUGAAGCUUCCUUUUCAGCCAUUCAACUCUGGCAAAAUUUCCAAAUUAUACACCAUUUCUUGCUGCUCAAUUUGCUUCCAGGAUUUUGAGGAUGCAGAAUUGGUGAGGAUACUUCCGAAAUGUGGCCACCUUUUUCACCUAGAAUGCAUAGACAAGUGGCUAGUCCAACAAGGAUCAUGCCCCAUGUGCAGAACUCAUGUUCCAGACCACAUUCUUGAAUAA